AUGGCGCGUGGAAAAGCGGCCGAAUCGUUUACCGGCGCGUGGCGGCGCGUGAAAGGUCAGAUGAUGAUGAUUCCAGAGGCUAUGUGUAGAUCGGUUGAAAAUCUACACGUUGAUAUUUCUUAUGUCUUAAUCGGAGGUUCAACUUCAAAUUCUUCUGAAGUCAACGUGGAAUUGCCAACAACUAAUGUUGCUAUUCCAAUUCCGGAAAAUGCGGAUGUUCCAAUCUCUCAAACACAAUUUCAAAGAAUUGACCUUGAUUCUUUGGAUUAUGAUCCUGGAACACGCAAACAAAUAUGGGAAUAUCAUGUUAAUCAACGUGAUGAAAUUCGACGGGCUUAUAUUAAAAAAGGUCCGCACCAACCUCCUCUAGAGACAUUCAAAAAAAGUGGAAAGCAGAAUCGUAGUUUUCAAGCUUCUUGGUAUAGAAAUAAUUCAAAAUGGCUUGAAUAUUCUCCUACAACAGAUGCAGCUUAUUGUCUACCCUGCUUUGUCUUUCAUAAUCCAAAUGUGGUUGUGGGACAAAAUACAUUUAUUGUUGGUGGAUUUAGAAAUUGGAAAAAGGUUGGGGGUAAAGAUUGUUCUUUUCAAGUUCAUAUAGGAAAAGAUCCUAACUCAGCUCAUAGAGUUGCUGAGCAAAUGUGUAAGGAUUUGAUGAACCAAUCGCAGCAUUUGCAAAGAGUAGUUGAUCAUUUCACUACUGAACAAAUUGCAAAUAAUCGGUUGCAAUUGAAGGCCACAAUUUUUAUUGUGCGAUAUCUUGCCUUUCAAGCUAUAGCUUUUAGAGGUCGAGAUGAAAGUUUUAGUUCAUUAAAUCGUGGGAACUUUCAUGAAUCAUUGGGUAUUGUGACUUUUUGGAAUGAGAAGGUUGCUGAAAUAAUAGAAAAAGCUCCAAAAAAUGCAACCUACACAUCACCUAGGAUUCAAAAGGAAAUUCUACAUGUUUUCUCAGCCAAAGUGAAGAAGGCCAUUCGGGAAGAAAUUGGUGAUGCAAAGUUUUGCAUAAUGGUUGAUGAAGCUCGUGAUGAGUCCAUGAAAGAGCAAAUGGCUGUGGUGUUUAGAUAUGUUGAUGCAGAAGGCUUUGUGAAAGAACGCAUUUUUGGGCUUAUUCAUGUUGUUGACACUGCAGCUUUGACUCUAAAGAAGGGGAUAUAUUCUUUGUUAUCUCAAUAUUGCUUAGAUAUACAAAAUAUUCGAGGGCAAGGAUAUGAUGGAGCAAGCAACAUGCGAGUAAAAGCAUCAAAACAAGUUGUUCCCAUUAGUCAUUUUUUUCUUACAUUGCUUUUUCUGAUCAAAAUUGUUAGUGCUUCAUGCAAGCGCAAUGAGCAAUUGAAAGUUGCCAAUGCUAAUGAAAUAGCACGUUUGAUUGAUCUUGAAGAGCUUGAGACUGGAAGUGGACUUAAUCAAAUUGGCACUUUACAACGACCUGGAGAAACACGUUGGAGUUCACAUUUUAGAUCAGUUUCUAGUUUAUUAAGGAUGUUUAGUUCAACUGUUGAAGUUUUACAAAAUAUAAUUGAUGGUGCAAUUGAUGGAGAAAAUCGGGCAGAAGGAGAGUCAGCUUAUGAAGGUUUAACUUCAUUUGAAUUUGUUUUCAUCUUGCAUCUUGAGAAGGAAACUAUGGAGAUCACUGAUAAACUUUGUCAAGCUUUACAAAGCCAAUCUCAAGACAUUUUAAAUGCUAUGCAUUUAGUUUCAUCUACUAAAACACUUAUCCAAAAAUUUAGAGAUGAUGGAUGGGAUGGCUUACUCACCACUGUGAUAUCAUUUUGUGAGAAGCAUCGCAUUGAUGUCCUGGAUAUGAAUGCUCAUUAUGUUGCGAGGCGAGGUCGAGCUCGUAAUCAACCAGAUAACGUUACAAAUGAGCAUCAUUAUCGAGUAAAUAUUUUUUAUGCUACAAUAGAUUCUCAACUACAGGAACUAAAUUAUCGGUUUAAUGAAGAUGCAAUGGAGUUGCUUAGGCUUAGCUCAGCUUUAGAACCUCGAGAGGCAUUAAAAUCUUUCAGAAUUAGUGAUCUUUGUUUGUUGGUAAAGAAUUUCUAUCUCCAAGAUUUCAUAGAUUAUGACAAACAAGUGUUGGAGAAGGAGCUUUAUCAUUUUGAGCAUAAUGUAGUCCAAGAUCUAGAGUUCAAAAAAUUGAAAAGUUUAUCUGAGUUGUCUCAAUGGCUAGUGAGAACUGGAAAUUCAGAAUACUAUAAACUUGUUUAUAGAAUGGUGAUACUUGUGCUUACUCUUCCAGUUUCUACUGCUACUACAGAGCGAGCAUUUUCAACUAUGAAACUUGUCAAAACUGAACUUCGAAACAAAAUGGAAGAUGAAUUUUUGAAUGACUCUUUGAUGUUAUACAUUGAAAAGGAUAUAACUUCGACAUUUAGUUUGGAUUCAAUAGUAGAUGAUUUUGAAGAUUUGAAAGAGCGUCGAGUUCCCUUUUCAUAG